AUGUAUCGCGUGCUCUUCGUGUUUUUAGCUGCCUUGCCAGAUAACUGUUGUUUUGGAGUGGUUGCAUCUACGGACCAGGAAUGUUCUACUUUUAUAAGAAGUGACGACUCAUCCUGUCCGGAGUCUUGGCAUUACUGGGGAAACUCAUGCUACAACAUCACUGAGACGAAAUUUACCUGGGCAGAUGCUAGAGACGAGUGUAAAAACCUGGGUGGUGUUCUGGGCGUACCAAGCUCUGAUCAAGAAAACGACUUUACCGUGCAGUUAAUUCCACUUGAUGGGGCAGUUUGGAUUGAUUGCAAUGAUCUAGACGUGGAGGGGAAAUGGAAGUGCAGAGAGGGUAACGUGGAAGUCGCUUACAGAAACUGGUGUUCUGGAGAACCGAAUAACGAGGAUGACGAAGAUUGUGCAGUCCUUGCUAACGGUUGGAGAAGUAAGCGUGAAUGGCAUGAUUUGAAAUGCAGCAGAGCUGAGAGGGCUCUUUGCAAAAUGGCUGGCAGACCAGCCCUUCACGUUUGA